GCGGCCAUGGCGGAGCGCGGACAGCGGCCUCCUCCCGCCAAGCGGCCGUGCUGCCGGCCCGGGGGCGGCGGCGGGGGCGGCGGGGGCUCGUCGUGCCGGGCGGCGGGGGCCGGGGCGCGGGCGGGUCCGGGGGCGUCGUGCGGGCCGCGGGGCCCGGAGUCGCUGCUGGACAUCGCGGCGCGGAAGGUGGCGGAGAAGUGGCCGUUCCAGCGGGUGGAGGAGCGCUUCGAGCGCAUCCCCGAGCCCGUGCAGCGCCGCAUCGUCUACUGGUCCUUCCCCCGCAGCGAGCGCCAGAUCUGCAUGUACUCCUCCUUCAACACCAGCGCCGCCGCCGCCGCCGCCGCCGCCGCCGCCCCGGCCGGACCCGCCGGGACCCCCGGGACCCCCGGACCCGCCGCCGCGGGAGCGGGAGCGGACGACAGCGGGGCCGCCGCCGCCGCCGCCGCCGCCGCCUCGUCCUCCGGGCCGGGGCCGGGGCCGGGGCCGGGGUCGGGCGGUCCCGGCGGGGACGGGGCCGACGAGGCGCGGCUGCCCUUCCGCCGGGGCAUCGCGCUGCUGGACGGAGGCUGCGUCCACAACGUCCUGCAAGUCGGCUUCCACCUGAGCGGUACCGUGACGGAGCCGGCCGUGCCCGCGGAGCCCCAGACCGUCUGCAACGUCGCCAUCAGCUUCGACCGCUGCAAGAUCACCUCCGUGACCUGCAGCUGCGGGAACAAGGACAUAUUCUACUGCGCCCACGUGGUGGCCCUGUCCCUCUACCGCAUCCGCCGGCCCGACCAGGUCAAGCUGCACCUUCCCAUUUCCGAGACCCUGUUUCAGAUGAACAGGGACCAGCUGCAGAAGUUCGUCCAGUAUCUGAUCACCGUGCACCACACCGAGGUUCUGCCCACCGCCCAGAAACUGGCCGACGAGAUCCUCUCCCAGAACUCGGAGAUCAACCAAGUCCACGGUGCUCCAGACCCCACGGCCGGAGCCAGCAUCGAUGACGAAAACUGCUGGCACCUGGACGAAGAGCAGGUCCAGGAGCAGGUCAAACUCUUCCUGUCCCAGGGCGGAUAUCACGGGUCCGGCAAGCAGCUGAAUUUGCUCUUUGCCAAGGUGCGGGAGAUGCUGAAAAUGAGGGACUCGAAUGGUGCCCGCAUGCUGACACUCAUCACGGAGCAGUUCAUGGCGGACCCCCGCCUCGCCCUGUGGCGUCAGCAAGGGACGGCCAUGACGGACAAGUACCGGCAACUCUGGGAUGAGCUGGGGGCCCUGUGGAUGUGCAUAGUCCUGAACCCCCACUGCAAGCUGGAGCAGAAGGCCAGUUGGCUCCGGCAGCUGAAACAGUGGAACAGCGUGGACGUGUGUCCCUGGGAGGACGGAAACCACGGAAAUGAAUUGCCCAAUCUGACCAAUGCUCUGCCUCAGGGGGCCCACGCCUACCAAGAGUCGCCGAACAGCAGGCCCCACCGGACCGUGUUCACCCGGGCCAUCGAGGCCUGCACCCUCCACUGGCGGGACGGCCACCUGCAGCACAUCAUCGGCGGCGACCCGUACGCCGGCUACCGCCGCCGCGCCGACGGCGACGGCUCCCUCUUCGACGCCCACGGCUGGCCCCUCUGGCACGAGCACGUCCCGACGGCCUGCGCGCGGGUGGACGCCCUGCGGUCCCACGGGUCCCCGCGGGAGGCCCUGCGGCUGGCCGUCGCCAUCGUCAACACGCUGAGGCAGCAGCAGCAGAAGCAGCUGGAGACUUUCCGGGCUCAGAAGAAAGAGCUCCUGCACAGAGGGGUCACGUCCAUCAGCAAUCUGGAGGGCUGGGUCGGCCACCCGCUGGACCCCAUCGGCACACUCUUCGGCAGCCUCAUGGAAGCCUGCAGGGGGGAGGACCAGAGCUGCGCCGGGGGCUCCGACUUUGCCGAGGGCACGGGGUCGGCCAAACCCCCGGACCCGCAGCACCCGCCGGCCGCCCCCCCGCAGUUCCUGGCCGAGGGCGAGUCGUACCUGAGUCUGGCGGUGGAGGUGGCGCUCAUCGGGCUGGGGCAGCAGCGCCUCAUGCCGGACGGGCUGUACACGCAGGAGAAGGCCUGCCGCCACGAGGAGCACCUCAUCUCCAGGCUCCAGGAGAUCCCCCUGGACGACACGCUGGUCAAGAUCUUCCGCAAGCAGGCCGUCUUCCUCCUCCAAGCCGGGCCCUACAGUGGCCUGGGAGAAAUCGUCCAUCGAGAGAGUGUUCCGAUGCACACGUUUGCCAAGUAUCUCUUCGCCUCCCUCCUACCUCACGACGCCGAGCUGGCGUACACGACCGCGCUGAGGGCCAUGCGAUUGCUCGUGCUGGAAUCGACCGCUCCGACUGCGGACCUGGCCCGUCCCCACCACCUCGCCUCCGUCGUCCCCAACCGCUACCCGCGCUGGUUCACCCUGAGCCACAUCGAGUCGCAGCAGUGUGAGCUGGCGUCCACCAUGCUCACCGCGGCCAAAGGCGAUGUUCGGAGACUGGAGACGGUGUUGGAAUCCAUCCAGAAAAACAUCCACUCGUCAGCGCACAUCUUCAAGCUGGCCCAGGACGCCUUUAAGAUCGCCACUCUCAUGGACAACUUGCCCGACAUCACGCUGCUCAAAGUGUCCCUAGAGCUGGGCCUUCAGGUGAUGCGGAUGACCUUGUCCACUCUGAAUUGGCGACGCCGGGAGAUGGUGAGGUGGUUGGUGACGUGUGCAACAGAAGUAGGUGUGUACGCCCUGGACAGCAUCAUGCAGAGCUGGUUCACGCUGUUCACGCCCACCGAGGCCACGAGCAUCGUGGCGACGACGGUCAUGUCCAACAGCACCAUCGUGCGCCUGCACCUGGACGCCCACCAGCAGGAGAAGCUGGCCGGCAGCGCCCGGACGCUCGCCCUCCAGUGCGCCAUGAAGGACCCGCAGAACUGCGCCCUGUCGGCCCUGACCCUGUGCGAGAAGGACCACAUCGCCUUCGAGACGGCCUACCAGAUCGUGCUGGACGCGGCCACGGCCGGCAUGAGCUACACGCAGCUCUUCACCAUCGCGCGCUACAUGGAGCACCGCGGCUACCCCAUGAGGGCCUACAAGCUGGCCACGCUGGCCAUGGCGCACCUCAACCUGAGCUACAACCAGGACACGCACCCGGCCAUCAACGACGUGCUCUGGGCCUGCGCCCUCAGCCACUCGCUGGGCAAGAACGAGCUGGCCGCCAUCAUCCCGCUGGUGGUCAAGAGCGUCAAGUGCGCCACGGUCCUGUCGGACAUCCUGCGCCGCUGCACGCUGACCACGCCCGGCCUGGUGGGGCUGCACGGACGCAGGAACUCGGGGAAGCUCAUGUCCCUGGACAAGGCCCCCCUGCGCCAGCUGCUGGACGCCACCAUCGGCGCCUACAUCAACACCACGCACUCGCGGCUCACGCACAUCAGCCCCCGCCACUACAGCGAGUUCAUCGAGUUCCUGAGCAAGGCCCGGGAGACCUUCCUCAUGGCCCACGACGGACACAUCCAGUUCACCCAGUUCAUCGACAACCUGAAACAGAUCUACAAGGGCAAAAAGAAACUGAUGAUGCUGGUCCGGGAGCGGUUCGGCUGACCCCCGGGGGCGGGGGCGGGA